ACUAAUAAAUUAAAGAGGGUGGGCUAAUAACACGCACGCGAUCAGCACUGAUCCUUGUUCUGAAGGUUCUUAGCCCAAAGCAUCAACUUUUGUGACUAUACACCAGGGGGUUGCUAACUUGCUAUGCUAGCCAGGGCACCACAUUUGUUAAUGUCACGACCAAAAAUACGCGCGUGGGAUUUCUCACUCCGAACCUUCACUUCCAGCGGUCUUCUUCAAUCCAGCACCCCGACGCCCAGUGCUAACAGCAUUCUCAACGAGGUGCGCGUCCUUUCCACGCGCGGCUGCAUUGACGAAGCACUCUCCCUCUUCUUUAGUGCAGCGCCGCCACUACCUCCACUACCUUACUCCCAGCAAACCUAUGCCACUCUCUUCCAUGCAUGUGCCCGCCAUGGAUACCUUCAACAAGGCAUGUAUUUGCACCAACACAUGGUUUCCCAUAAUCGUAGCAACCCACCAGGGGUAUAUGUAACAAAUCAUCUCAUAAACAUGUAUGCGAAAUGUGGAGACUUGGAGUGCGCGCAUCAACUAUUCGAUGAAAUGCCGGAUAGAAACUUAGUUUCUUGGACUGCUCUGAUAUCUGGCUACGCUCAACAAGGGCAAGCUUAUGAGUGCUUUCGUUUGUUUUCUGAUAUGCUUGUGCAUUGCAGGCCAAAUGAAUUUGCCUUUACAAGCGUGCUCACUUGUUGCGACUAUGAGCAUGGCAAGCAGGUGCAUGCACUUGCCUUGAAAAUUGGUUUAGGUGCUAGUAUUUAUGUGGGAAAUGCUCUUAUUUCCAUGUAUAGUAGGUGUGGCAGUGACGGUGGCAGUAUAGAUGAAGCUUGGACUGUGUUUGAGAAUUUGGAGUUUCGUAAUCUUGUUUCUUGGAAUUCAAUGAUUGCAGGAUCUCAGCUCCGGAAACUCGGAUCAAAAGCUGUACGUCUUUUUAGCCAAAUGCACAGAGAUGGAAUUGGGUUCGAUCGUGCCACACUGGUCAGUGUUUUGUCUUCCUUGAGUGAAAGCUAUAACGCUAGUCUUCAUGUGGGUCCUAGGUGUUGUUCUCAGUUACACUGUCUUAGUAUAAAAAGUGCCUUGGUGUUGCAAAUUGAAGUUGCAACUGCGUUGGUGAAAGCCUAUUCAGAUCUUGGCGGAGAGGUUACUGAUUGUCACAGGCUUUUCUUGGAGUCAGGGUGUUUUCGUGAUAUCAUUUCAUGGACUGGCAUUAUAACAGCCUUUGCAGAACGGCAACCUGGAGAAGCCCUCUUCCUUUUUCGGCAACUGCAUAGGGAAGGGUUAGCACCGGAUCGGUAUACAUUUUCUAUUGUCUUAAAAGCUUGUGCAGGCCUUGGUAGUGAGAGGCAUGCCUUGGCUGUUCAUUCACAAGUAAUUAAAGCUGGGUUUGGGGCUGAUGCUGUGCUUGGAAAUGCCUUGAUCCACGCUCAUGCAAGAUGUGGCUCCAUUUCCUUAUCCAAGAAGGUUUUUGAUGAAAUGAAAUUUCGUAAUUUAGUUUCUUGGAACUCAAUGCUCAAGGCAUAUGCUCUGCACGGUCAAGCUAAUGAGGCGUUGCAUCUUUUUUCUGAAAUGAAUCUGCCUCCUGAUUCUGCAACCAUAGUUGCUCUCCUUUCGGCAUGCAGCCAUGCUGGAAUGGUGGAAGAAGGAAUCAAAAUCUUUGAUUCAAUGAUUGAUAAUCAUGGCAUUGUUCCACAGCUAGAUCAUUAUGCAUGCAUGGUUGAUAUUCUUGGCCGCGCUGGGAGAGUAGUUGAGGCAAAGGUGCUAAUAAGCAAAAUGCCUAUGGAGCCUGAUGCUGUGGUUUGGAGUGCACUGCUUGGCUCAUGUAGGAAGCACGGUGAGACACAACUGGCCAAGUUAGCAGCAGAUAAACUGAAGGAGUUGGAUCCCAGAAAUUCAUUAGGCUAUGUACAAAUGUCAAACAUUUAUUGUUCUGGAGGUGGUUACAGUCAAGCAGGGGUAAUGAGGAAAGAAAUGGAAGGCUCUAGGGUAAGAAAGGAACCUGGUUUAAGCUGGAUUGAGAUUGGGAACAUAGUGCAUGAGUUUGCCUCUGGAGGGAGACGCCAUCCUCGAAGAAAUGCCAUAUGCACCAGGCUUGAUUUACUGAUUGGACAGCUAAAAGAGAGAGGCUAUGUACCAGAAACAAACUUGGCAUUGCAUGACAUAGAGGAGGAGCAUAAAGAGGAGCAAUUAUACCAUCACAGUGAGAAGCUAGCUUUGGUGUUUGCUAUGAUGAAUGAAGAAAGUCUGCAUCAUGACAGAAGUGUCAUAAAAAUCAUAAAGAAUAUUCGCAUAUGCGUUGACUGUCACAGCUUCAUGAAGUUAGCAUCAGAUCUUCUUCAUAAGGAAAUUAUUGUGAGAGACUCAAACCGUUUCCACCAAUUUAAAAAUGGGAUGUGCUCUUGUAAUGACUACUGGUGACAAACAAAAGCAUGUGGUUUUCUCUCUGUUCCUGUUCUGGUUCAUCAGUCCCAUAGAAGAAUCUGAGUUGUUCUUGAAGUUCCUAAUUCACCAUGAGAAAAGGAGAGCUCAUAACUAUAAGCUAUGGCUGAAGAAGGUUGGUUUUUAACUCUGCUGUAGAUCUUAAUGCAAUUGAUGAGACAACGUCUGUGAUUUAGACCAGACUUUUGACAAAAAAUCAUGUUGGAAGAAUUAAUUGCAUACGGUGCAGUUUUCUGGACCAGCACAUCUUUAACCGUAAAUGUUACAGUUAGCUCAUUUGCCAAUGGAGAUUGAGCCGGGUACAUAGAAUUUUAUCAUUGGUAGAUUAUUGAACUGCAUCUUGUUGGAGUCAAGUUUUAGGAAUGAGAUGAAAUAAUUCUGAGGUGAAUGCUGUUUGAGGCAUAGGAUCAUGUAUCACCUGAGGCUCAUAAGGACCUGAUUAUGGCUCUGGAUCACUGGUCGCUCAAAUUUUAGACAUGAGAUGAAAAUAUGAGGCAAAUGCAGGUUGAGCCUGACCUUCCCAAAAGAUGCCGUUGGAGUAUGCAUUCACCUGAGAUUAAUAGCCAGCAACUCUCUUGAAAGACCAGUCCAGUAUAUAUGAUCCUAAACCAGCCUCAAGCCUCCAGCCUCCCCCUCCUUUUUGGCCCCUGCGUACCUACUAAUCUAACUUAUUAAUUACUGACUUCUCAGUAAACAGAGAAAUAGGGGGUGUUAAAGCGCCAAAUACUGAUCAAUUCAAUAAGCACAUUAGAAAUGGGGUUCCUAACCUAUUGAGAAUCAAGAUUUUUGUUGUGGGGUUUUAUUCCUCAGCCUUCUCUUUUUACCCUCUCCAUGUCUCUUUAUGUCCCUGCAAGUGUGUUUCUGUGCCUGCCUGUCUCUGUUUAUGUAUAGGCUUUAACAAUUUAUUAGAUCUUUUUAUGUAAGCCAUGCUUUUUUGUUGUGGAUUCAUUAUUAUCCCUUACCAGCAGGUGAAGCAGAAUGAAUGGAAGGUUGAUUACACUAUUCUCAUUGAAUUGUCUUAUUUCAGAAUUUUUUUGAAAUUCACAAAAACAGUAAUUAUUUUUUUCUCUCAUUUAAAAUUA